AUGACUCUUUUGGGUACGCUAUCACUUAAAUCAACAAGUGUUCUUUUAGCUAAGCACCCAACAAUUAAGGGCAGCGUGAAGAACACUAUCCUCAGUGCUUUUUUCAGUGUUCUUUUCAGGUGUUACUUAGGUAAGUAUAAAAAAUGCGGUCUUAAGACUUCCCGCAUCAUAAACAAAGAAUUCUUUGAAGAUGGUUUCAAAAAUUUUGUUGAUGGUUUCAAAAACGCUGCUGAUGGUUUCAGUGGCAACUCUAGUGAUGGUUUCACUUCUCGGUUUAUGCAUGGUUUCAUAAAUCGACAUCGUAAAGAAAGUAAAGAAGGACUAAAUGUGAUUCAAUGCAAUUUAGUUGUUGUUGUUGUUGUAGUGACCUUGAAAUUUUUUCAUAAGGGAAAUAUUUUCAAAUUUUGCGCCAAAAAUUACAUAGUUUACCCAUAUGGACAUGAGUGCAUUCAGAACGAACACAUCAUAAAUGACGUUGCAGUUUUCCAAAAAUUUGAAACCAGCAUUGCACAAAGGCAAGAUCCUUUCCUUCUGACCGAGUUUUCUGACGAUAUUCUGACUGCUAUUACAGUUAAAGUUAAGAUGGAUAGCGGAUCAAUCAAAACUAUAGCACUGAUAUCCUUUUACUCGCCAGGCAUACCAGUUUCGACUCAGCCGAUAAGCAAAAAUUUAGUUUCUCUAGUAAGGUACUGUAAAUUACAAAAUCUUGACUAUAUUUUAUCAGCAGAUGCAAACGCGCAUCAUCACAUUUGGGGCGGUAACCAAACAUGUAACAGAGGUAUUAAAGUGUUAGACUUUAUUAUGAAUGAAAAUCUCAUUUUAUUAAACAAAGGAGACCAUCCAACUUUUGUGAGAGGGAACUCAAGGACUUUCAUAGACAUCACGGCUAUCAGUAAAGGGUUAUCAGAUAGGUUAGUGGACUGGCAUGUUGAUACAAAUAGAUCGGGUUCAGACCACAAUCUAAUAAUUUUCAAACUGAAAACUGAUUCAUUUGAUAACGUAGGGAAAGUUAAAAGAAGAACAAACUGGGAAGGGUACAAGAGUUCUCUACUAGAAAAGUCUGAAAGCGUAUCCUAUAUCAUCAGUAGUAAAGAACACCUCGAGGAGAGCGCUCAAAAGCUCUCAAAAUCGCUUAUCGAAUCGCUUAACGAAAAUACCAAAACAUUUAAGAGCAAGAUAAAUUUCAAAACAAAAUGGAUGAAUAAAAAUUUAAUGGAUGAAAGAAAGAAAGUAAGGAAACUCUUCCGAAAGGCUUUUAAGUCCGUGAAGGCAACUGACUGGUCAAAUUAUAAGGAGGCAAAUAGGAACUAUGUAAAAAUAUGUCGCAAGGCCAAAAAGGAAUCUUGGAGAAAGACUACUUUGGAAAUUGACGCUCUGGAGGACGCCACCAGAUUGCAAAAACUACUUGAGGAUACUGUUGAAAUCAACUAUGAAGUUAAUAUCGGCAGCAGAGCCUCAUGGGAAAAUGGAAUACCCUGGUCAAAUCAUUUAGGUCUAAGACACUCCAAAAUGAUGAUGAGAGAACCAAAUAUUCAUAGGGCCAAUUUUCUUUUAAAUCUAAGUAGAAACGAUUUAAGAGUUAUGAUGGGGGUCCUAACAGGACAUUGCUGUCUACAUAAACAUCUGAACACAAUAAAAAGAUCACAACUUAUUAAUUGCAGAUAUUGCAAAGGCAUGAUAGAAGAAACCAUGCAACACGUCAUAGCCUCUUGCGAUGCACACUCUAGAGUAAGGCUAAGGAUCUUCAACCACACUGUCAUCAAUGCCGAGGGGCUCGCGGAGGUGGAUCUGGAGGAUCUUCUCCUCUUCAUGAGGAGAACGGGUGUCCGGUCCACCUUCUUCGACUUCUUCAGCUGA